AAGCGAUUCUCCUGCCUCAGCCUCCCAAGUAGCUGGGACUACAGGUGUGUGCCACCACACCCAGAUAGUUUUUGUAUUUUUAGUAGCGAUGGGGUUUCACCAUGUUGGCCAGGCUGGUGUCGAACUGCUGACCUCAAGUGAUCUGCCCACCUUGGCCUCCCAAAGUGCUGGGUUACAAGCAUGAGCCACCGUGCCUGGCCUGCCAUCUCCAUUUCUGACCAGGCUGGUGGCCUGAGUACAUCAUCCUGAGUCCCUUCCUUCCCCACCUCCCCCUUAUUCUGUCACCCAAGCCUGCUGGGUCUCCCUUCCCAGUAUCUCUUGGUCUGUUUCUGCUAUUCCCUAGCUCUUCUCCAGAAACCCUUACUGGUUUCUUUACCUGACUGGUCUCCCGGUUAUUUUAAUAGAGCUGAACCUGGAUCAUGGUAUUUCUUUGCUCGAAACACUCCAGUGGGUCUCAUGUUGUACAGAAUAAAGUUUUACUGCUUUAGCAAGGCAUUCAGAGCCUUUCAAAUCCCAGUUGCUGUCUGCAUCCCUUCCUGUCCUCCCUCUCCCUAAGUCCUUCCCUGCAGGCACGCACCAUCUGGGGCAGGUGGUCUGAUUUUGUGUCUCUGUGUCUUUGUUUACACUGUUCCUUCCACAGGGAAUGCCCAUUCCGUGAAUUCCCUUUCAUUCUUAAGGUGCAGCUCAGUGAUCCUCUCAGAUUCCGCCAGGCAGGUUUCUCCUACCCAGCCCUCUUUUAACUCUUUUGUCACAAGUCUGUUGUAGCACUUAUCACAUCCUGCCACCAUAGGGUGCUCAUCGUCUCACCCAUUAUAUCUGGAUUUCUUUAAGGGCAGACUGUAUUUUACACAGAUUUAUACCCUCUGUGUGGCCUACCAUAGUGUCUGACACACAGUGAGUGCUCCAUCAAUAUCUGUGCAAUACUUAAAUGAAUGAACUGUGACAGAAGCAACUACCAAGGGGGCUUCAGAAGCUAAAGAAGGCCCAGCAUGGUGGCUCACACCUGUAAUCCCAGCACUCUGGGAGGCCAUAGCAGGAGGAUCACUUGAGCCCAGGAGUUUGAGACCAGCCUGGGCAACAUCAUGAGACCUCAUCUCUAAUAAAAAUAAAAAAUUAGCCAGGCAUGGUGGCACAUGCCUGUGGUCCCAGGUACUUGAGAGGCUGAGGCAGGAGGAUCCCUUAAGCCCAGGAGGUUGAAGCUGCAGUGAGCUAUGAUCAUGCCACUGUACUCCAGCCUGGGCGACAGCAAGACCCUGUCUCAAAAAAAACACCCAGAGGCUAAAGAGUCACCUUGUCUUCUCUCGACUUGUUCCCUCACCUAUUCACGGCUUUCUUCCUACUGUAUAAAGCCUGAGAAGAGGCUAUCCAUCAGAUGCCAGGGCAGCUCAGAGCUUGUUUUGUGCUCAUGUGGGUAUGCAUAUAACAGGUGUGUGGCCAGUGAGGUGAGAGAGCUUACACAGGGAUGUCAGCUUCACAGACUGGCAAUCACUUCCGUAAAGUCUGUGUCUCCUGGGGCAUGUGCUGAGCUUGGCAAAGCACACAGCCCCAGACCGCAGGUUGGGAAGGCCUACUCUCAGGGAGGUGGCUUUGCUGGGUUCAGGUCAGAGCCUCUGGGAGAGUAGGAUUGGAUAUCGGACCAGGGCAGGGUGUGGGAACAGAGCUGGGGUCAGAGUGGUUCUCCCAGGGCCUUCAAGGGCUGGGCCAGGCCCUGGUUGGCCCAGUGCCACCUCCAUGCGGAUCAGCAGCCCAGGGCGAUGCACAGGAUUCCAGAUCCAGGGAAGUUCAAGCUCCUGGAACAGGCCCGGGAUGUGCGGGAGCCAGUGAGGUACUUCAGCAGCGUGGAGGAGGUGGCCAGUGUCUUCCCUGACCGCAUCUUCGUGAUGGAAGCCAUCACCUUCAGCGUCAAGGUGGUGUCGGGCGAAUUCAGCGAGGACAGCGAGGUGUACAACUUCACGCUGCAUGCGGGCGACGAGCUCACUCUUAUGGGCCAGGCGGAGAUCCUGUGCGCCAAGACCACCAAGGAGCGCUCGCGCUUCACCACCCUCCUGCGAAAGUUGGGCCGGGCGGGGGCGCUGGCCGGGGUGGGCGGUGGCGGCCCGGCGAGCGCGGGGGCCGCGGGAAGCAGCGGCGGCGGGGGCGCCAGGCCGGUCAAAGGCAAGAUGCCCUGCCUUAUCUGCAUGAACCACCGCACCAACGAGAGCCUGAGCCUGCCCUUCCAGUGCCAGGGCCGCUUCAGCACUCGCAGCCCGCUGGAGCUGCAGAUGCAGGAGGGCGAGCACACGGUGCGCGCCAUCAUCGAGCGCGUGCGGCUGCCGGUGAACGUGCUGGUGCCCAGCCGGCCGCCGCGCAACCCCUACGACCUGCACCCGGUGCGGGAGGGUCACUGCUACAAGCUGGUUAGUAUCAUCUCCAAGACGGUGGUGCUGGGGCUGGCGCUGCGCCGCGAGGGCCCGGCGCCGCUGCACUUCCUGCUGCUCACGGACACGCCGCGCUUCGCGCUGCCGCAGGGCCUGCUGUCCGGGGACCCGCGCGUCGAGCGCCUGGUGCGCGACAGCGCCUCCUACUGCCGCGAGCGCUUCGACCCCGACGAAUACUCCACGGCCGUGCGCGAGGCGCCAGCCGAGCUCGCCGAAGACUGCGCCAGCCCGCGCCGCACGCGCCUCUGCCUGCCCGCGCCGCGCGCCCCCGGGCUCGCCCGCGCCUCCGGCCCGCUAGCGCCGGCUCCCGCCGGCGAGGGCGACCAGGAGUACGUGAGCCCCGACUGGGCAGCCGCGCCCGAGCCCGCCGCGCCGCCCGCCGAGAUUCCCUACGAGGAGCUGUGGGCCCACCAGGGGCCCGAGGGCCUCAUCCGGCCGCCCCCAGGGCCCGACCUCAUCUCCUUCGGGGCCGCGGGACCGCCGCGUCGGGAGCCGGAAGCGCCGCCGCCUCCAGUCCCUCCCAAAUCCGAGGCGGUGAAGGAGGAGUGCCGCCUGCUCAACGCCCCUCCAGUGCCUCCACGGGGUGGCAAUGGCAGCGGCUGGCUCUCCAGCAGCCCCCCGGUUCCCCCUCGCUUCCCCAAGCUGCAGCCGGUACAUUCCCCCAGCUCCAGCCUCUCCUACUACUCCUCUGGCCUCCAGGAUGGGGCGGGUUCCCGCAGUGGCAGUGGCUCCCCAUCGCCGGACACGUACUCCCUCUAUUGCUACCCAUGCACCUGGGGAGACUGCAAGGAACCAGCCCUGGAGCCCUUCGAUCCCUUUGAGCUGGGGCAGGGCAGUUCUCCAGAGCCUGAGCUGCUGCGUUCUCAGGAGCCCAGAGCAGUGGGGACACCUGGGCCUGGACCCCACCUUUCACCACUUGGCCCCCCCAAGGCCUUUGAGCCUGAAGGUUUGGUGCUGCGCCAGGUCCCCACCCCACUGUCACCAGCUGCUCUGCAGGGACCUGAGGCAGGAGGAACACGACUUUUUCUAACCCAAGGGCGCCUGGAAGGGCCUCCUGCCAGUCCCCGGGAUGGAGCCGCAGGCUUUGGAGUCCGGGAUGCCUCCUGGCAGCCCCCUGCUGACCUGUCUGCGCUCUCCCUGGAAGAGGUCUCUCGCAGUCUGCGUUUCAUCGGGCUCUCAGAGGAUGUGGUGAGCUUCUUUGCCCGAGAACGCAUCGAUGGUAGCAUCUUUGUGCAGCUCAGUGAGGACAUCCUGGCGGACGACUUCCACCUCACCAAGCUGCAGGUCAAGAAGAUCAUGCAGUUCAUCAAAGGCUGGAGGCCCAAGAUCUGAAUUGCCCAGCUGGAGCUGCACAGCUGGAAUGCUGGUAUGGGGGCCCCAGGGACAGCACUCCGGAGGAGCAGGUGCUGCCUGCAGGAAGGAUCUAUGUCGAGACUGAGGCUGCUCAGCAGCCACUGGGUGGAUCCAGGGGAGAUGCAUGUGGAAAUGUGGUCCUCUGGGGUCAGACCCCUGCACGGGACAUCUUGCCUUUGAGUGUGCAGAAUACAUGGGGAAGGGGCUGGGGGCACCACUGUGUACCUGGGCCCAGUAAGGCAUUUGCCAUGAUUCCCACAAUGGGGUCAAAAGCUGGCCUUCAGGGUGACCUAACACCUCCUCAUGCCCUGCUAUAUACCUUCACAAACGACUUCCACUGCUCAAGCCUGUAGGCUCUGUUUAGAGACAAGAAGAUGGCCGGUAAUUUAAGCACAGAUUUCCCAAGUGCCCACUCUCCUUUGUGUUCUGUGGGCUUUUGGCCUAAAGCUGCCCCAGAGUGAGGAUGUAGAUGUCUGUGUCUCUGAGAUGCCUUUCUUUUCCCCCCUGCUCCACCGCGGUUGGUGGGGGGAGCCUGGCCCUGCACACAGGUGAGUCAUGUACAAGCCUAAGCCAUGGCACCUCAGAGGCUCCACCUGUGGGUCCUGGUUCAUGGGUGACGACUUUGGAAGAGCACAGCUCUGCAGUUGACCCGACCCACUUAUCUAGUUAGGAAGCCAGACACUACCCAGAUGACUCUAGCACCCUGGCUUCUGCUCUGACUUUACUGCAACUAGUCAUCCAUCCAUCAGGUGGGGUUCAGUCUCAGAAUACUGAUUCUGUGGAAGAGCAGGUCGAUUUAGGUCAGCUUCUCCUUGAUUCUAGAAGCAAGUGGUAGUCAACCACCCCCAAUUCCGCCAAUCUCUUGCCCCCAUCAUUUGUCUCUGACAAUACUUGGUGUUUUUCCCUGGUUUUCUGUCACUGGCACAGGAGGGUACAGUUGGGAGAGCGCGGUCCUGGAGCUCAGUCCUGCACUUGUUCACGUGCUUCAGAGCAGGUCUUUGUGUCCUUGAAUCUCAAACAUGGGGAUCUGCUUGGUAACCAGAGCUCUGGUCAUUGUGUCCAACCACGCACCCCACCCCACCCUACCCCUGUGCCUUCCAUCUCACCCAGAACCACAGGGUGCCCACUAGUGUCAGGGCCCAAGGUGCCAGCCUUCUCUUCUGCCUUACCUAGUCUAUUUAUUUCCUCCACUUUUUAUCUUAAAAGUAGCUAAGCCAUGCUGGUGCCCAUACUCCAAGCAGGCUGCCUCAGCUCAGAGAAGUGGUCAGAGAGUAGAGCACAGAACCUGUGAUGUGGGGACAUUUGGUUUUCUUGCAGAUCAUUUAAUGAAUCCUCAAGGACUAAUGAAAUAAAUGCUAGACUGCUGAAGAGUAGUAGUACAAGUGGCA